AUGUUCAGCGUACUCUUCAGCACACUCUUCAACACCAUCUUCGGAGACCGCGCCAUCAAAUUGUGCGCUGGCACUGGCCGCAACCGCAAGCCAUGCACUGCAGUCGAUCAAGCUCAAAUCCUCGCAAAGGCUGUUAUCAAGCAGUCCGCUCAGAAGGCCGAGCCCAUGCAGGAUCAACCUUCAAUGCGUCUCCCAGUCACGACUCAGUGCGCCGACUCUCCUCUUCCGCAAAGCACCAUCCGCCAUGGCUUCUCACCCCGUGUCGAGCGCGCUCACACAGCGGCGUUCCCUCGCGUCGUCGCUCCUCUGCUCAUCCUCGAGGAGAUGUCUUCUUCACUACCAGCGGCGGAAAGCUCCGGUUGCAUCUUCCCUCACAUGAAAGCUCCAAUUCUCCUUCACACAACCUCAUCUCCCGACGCAAAAUCAUCUCAUCCUCAUCGCAAAGACAGCGUCGUAUCAACAACUUCGACAACACCAUCGAGCAGCUCAACCCUCACGCUCAUCGAGAAGGCCUCUGGCGCACAGUCAAGCCUCUCUCACUCGCACACAGAAAGUGCCACCAUCGGCGUUGGACGAUAUCGUCACCCGGCCAAUGCAACAUGCGAAUGGCUCGAACGCCGCAAGAGUCAGGAAGAACAGAUGCUGGGCUGCCAAAGGCUCUUUGGACAGCCAGGUUUCGAGAAGAUCCUCGGGCCUCACCCAUUCGACGAAGAGAUCGCGCAACUCGCGCCUCUCUCAAGAGUCAACAGCAACGACUCCAAUUCAUCAUCAUCCUCCGGCAAAACCACUUCCUCCAGAAGCGAAAGCAUUUAUGACGAAAAUACCGGCACGCUCAUCACACGCGGCUUCGACUCUUCACCUAUCACCUCUAUCGAAAGUGCCCAGUACUGGCUCCAAGGCGUCGGCAGAUCUCACGUCAGAGUAAAGCGCAUCAGAAUCAUUCCAGAAACCGAGGAGGAGAAGCUCCGACGGCUGCAGAAACGAGGUGGCUACGAGAUGAUUCGUGGCGGCAAUAACACGCCUCGCAAACCAAUCACCAAGCCUACACAGUACGCCAGCGUCGUGGAGCCCAACAUGGGUUACUCACCGUCGUGCCUCCACAGUACGCCAGGCCUGAGAAUCGAUGCUUCAAUCGUUCCACCGUGGUCCCAAGCCGGCGUAUUACGUUUUCCGACACAGCUGGAGACAGUGAUGACGCCAUUAUGA